AUGACCGAAAUACAUCGGACUCUGCGGUCUCUAAUGAAGAGAGGAAAAGUCGGACCGGGAACUGACUACGUCGACGCCUCCGAGGAUCCCGCGUACAUCGAGGAGUCGCGUGAGAUAUGGGGCCUGAAGGCUCAUCUAAACAAUAUUUUGGACGAGGGCGAUUUCUACAGAUUCAUUCUGAAAACCUGGCGAUCGACGGAUCGGACUCUUCUGAAGGAGAUCAAUCGGAAGAAUAAAGAGCUGGAGAAGCAGCAGAAGGACGUGGAGACCAUGGAAAAUGUGGCAGAGGUGAUUGAGGAUUGGAAGAAGACGUGCGAAGAGCGACGGAAAAGUGUGCGCAUGGAAUCCGAUCGAAAGGAGUUCGUGAGGAAGAGCCGGAGAGUAUUGAGGAAGAUGGACGAGAACGGGGAAAAAGUUGAUUGGACCUCUCUUCGCAGUUCUGCCGAAUCUAUGAAAAACGACUUGGAAAGAAUCAAGGCGAACGAUGCGAAAACGAAAAAAUUAAACGAAGAGCGCGAAGAGAAAGUUCGUGCACACUACCAGAUGAUGGAAGAAGUUCACAAGAUCAAAAGAGUGUAGGUUUUCAUUUUCACUAAAGAUAAAUAAAAAGAACGAGAUUUAGGAACGCCGACGAACUGAGAUUGAGGCAAAUAAGGUGGGGACCCGCCGAUUAUUUCUUCUCAAAUUGGCAAAAAUUUUUGGUUUGGUUGGAGAAGAACACUUUGAAUAACGAAGAUGAAAAUUGA